AUGCCAAAACCUAACAAUAUUAGUGACUGUAUCACAACACACACGUUGGCACAAAAGGAACCGUUCCUGGAUGCGCUGAAGCGCCGCAUACUGCUCUUUGACGGGGCCAUGGGCACCGAGAUCCAGAAGCUGGAUCCCAAGCCCGAGGACUUUCCAGACGGCAAGGACGGCUUCAACGACGGCCUGGUGCUCACCCAUCCGGAGUGGAUACGGCAGAUCCACCGGAGCUACCUUGAUGCCGGCGCCGACUGCAUCGAGACCAACUCCUUUGGCUCAAACCGCAUCAAGCUGGACGAGUACGGGUUCGGGAACCAGACGGUCGAGUUCAACCAAGAGGUGGCGCAGCUGGCAGCCGGGGUGGCAUCCGGCUACACGGACAGGCCCAGAUACGUGAUAGGGAGCAUGGGCCCCACCGGAUACCUGCCCAGCUCCGAUGAUCCCGACCUGGGCCAGAAGCCCCUGGACGAGAUCUGCCAGGCAUUCGAGCUCCAGGCACGCGGCCUCAUACUUGGCGGGGUUGAUGCUUUACUAAUCGAGACAAGCCAGGACGUGCUGGAGAUCAAGCUGGCAGUGGAGGCGUGCCACAACGCAGCAGAGGCCACCAAGACCCCGACCCCGAUAAUCGCAAACACGACACUGGACCAGCACGGGAAGAUGCUUCUUGGAACCAGCGUGCAGGCCGCGUACACCACGGUAUCAGGCAUGGGGAUAGACAUCUUCGGGCUGAACUGCUCCACUGGCCCGGUGGAGAUGGUGUCCAGCGUGAAGUGGCUGGACGAGCAGGAGCACGGGGUGCUGGUGGUGCCAAACGCCGGCAUGCCGGAGAACCAGCAGGGCCGCGCGGUCUACAGGAUGACCCCAGAUGAGAUGGCAGGCGCCAUGGAGGACCUGCUGCAGGAGUGCGGCAGCAUCCGCAUCAUAGGCGGGUGCUGCGGGACGGGCCCCGGCCACAUCAGGGCCCUCCGCAGGCUGAUCGACGAAGAGCCUGGCAGAAGCUAG